CAAUUCUCUCUGGAGUCAAGUGUAAACUGUAAAGUGUAAACAUAAUUCUCAAAUCUGUGAUUUCUUCAAUUAUUCCUUAAAAUUUCUAAUAAUAAAUAAAUUAAAUUAAAACCGCCGCGGCUACUAUACGAUUUAAACUUAUAUAUAUGAUAUGAACAUUUUAUCUCUAAACUAUGUAUAGGACGUGAUUUAUUCAAAGUAACAAAGCUCUUUGUGUGAUAAAACAUUUCCGUCUGUCGUUCUCAAAAAGAAUCAUGUCGAACUUAAAAUUCGAAAUUGUAUCCUCACGUACUGUAGAAGGUGUAGAUAAGGAAAAUAAAUUUGUAGCCUAUAUGGUACAAGCUAGACAGUCGGGAAUAAUCGACCCAGAGCCUGCCAAUGCUGAAAGAAGAUACACCCACUUUCUAGAUCUCUAUAAUGGUCUUAAGAAAGAGUGCCCAGCAUCGCUAAAUAAUAUUUCCUUUCCACGUAAGAUUUUAGUUGGAAAUUUCGAUCCUAGUUUAAUAUCAUCAAGAUGUGCUGGGUUUGAGGUACUCCUAAAUUUAAUUGCAAGUGAGUCUCGGCUGAGAGACUCGAUGGCAGCCAUAGCUUUCUUUCAAGAUGUAGAAUUAAAUGAAGCAAAGCGUCUUAUUGGUGAAGAGAAAUAUGACCAAGCAUUUUCAGUAUUGGAAACUAGCUUUAAGUUAUUAAGUAAGGUAUAUACAGAUAGAUCACGAGUUGUACUAAGUGCACUAUGCCGUAUAGUGGCAUGUGCUGGCUAUAGCGGUGGUGCUUUGGCUGGACCAGUUGAAAGAUGGGCACAGCUUGCCCUGAGAAGAUAUGAAGCUGUUAGUGACUCUGACCUACUUCUUAUGUAUAUUCCAUUGCUUCACACUUGUAUAUCUAUAUGGGAGACAUUGGGUCGUGAUAAAUCAAAGCUAGUCCAGGAGUUAAACAGUCUCCGAAAACGAGGAAUGAAAGUGGACUCUGUACCAAGUCUAAUGGAAGCCAUUGACAAUUUAAAUACGUCAGUAUAACAUCAUUUCAAAAAUAAUUCGUAAGUGAUUAUAGAAAUAUGUACUUGAUCUGUCUUUGACUAUUAAUGUUUUUUGUUAAUAAUCUCUAUAAAUUCUUAUUUUUUUAAUUUAUUCAGCAAUUUGUAACAAUCAUCUUACAGCUAUUUAUUAUAGUUUAUAAGUGUCAUAUUAUUUUAUUAUAAUAUAAAAUCAAUUUGAUAUUAUAAAAUUUUAUAUAAUUGACAUCAAAUGCUCUAAUUGAUAAUUCACAUCAAAAUGUUUGUGACAUUAGUUGUAAGCAUAAAUAUGUAUAUAAAAAUGACAAAGAAAGUGUUAUAUAAUACUAACUUAAAAAUUUAAACCAAAACAAUGCUUUACGUGUGUAAUCAUAAGUUUAGUGCCUAAAAUUGUGAUACAUAAUUCUAAUUAAAUCUCAAUUUAUUUAGCGGUCA